CGGGGGCAUGAACAGCAUUCCAUGGGUUGGGCGGGGCGGUUGCUCGAUGUAGCGGUAUCGGUGUGAUCGUCACUUCUCCUAGUCGCCUGGGGGCGCUCGGUGUGGUGGCAUCGGUAAUCAUCACUCCUCCCAACCGCCAGAAGAUGCUCGACUUGGAGGCAUCGGUGGGAUCAUCUCUUCCAGCCAAUGAGGAGCUCUCUGUGUGGCGGUAUCAGUGUGAUCAUACUCCUCCCAUCCGCCCGGGGGCGCUCCCUGUGGCGAUAUCAGUGUGACCGCAUCCCUCCCAACCGCCGGGGGGCGCUCCGUGUGGAUGUAUCAUGGAGGGCAGGGCCGCCGUGCGCGCUCCUUGGGGGCGGUGCUAUAAGGGUGCGAGGGCGCGCGGCCCUCCUUUUCUCCGGUGGAAGGUGUCGGGACGGCUGAGAUGAUCUGUGUGGCGCUGACCGCCUUUGCCUACUUGUUCCAGUCGGUAAUUACUGGGAUACAUGAGCGCACUUUUGUAGCUAUCAAACCAGAUGGAGUUCAGCGACGGCUGGUCGGAGAAAUCAUACGGAGGUUUGAGCAGAAGGGAUUUAAACUGGUUGGAAUGAAAAUAUUGCAGGCUUCGGAAAACCUGCUCAGAGAUCACUACAUUGACCUCAAAGAUCGUCCUUUCUAUAAUGGAUUGGUGAAAUACAUGAGCUCCGGCCCUCUAGUCGCUAUGGUAUGGCAAGGACUGGAUGUUGUCAAAAUCACUCGGGCCAUGAUGGGAGAGACAAACCCUGCUGAUUCUGCGCCAGGCACAAUCAGAGGAGACUUCUGUGUCGAAGUGGGCAGAAGAAAAGUUCCUGUCAGUCCUUUCCCAACAUCACCUAUAUCUUCACCCCCUGGUAUUUCAGGCUGGAUAGAAAGCCACUUAUCCAUGUUUUCCACUGACAUACAGAUAAUGGCAUUGAAUGUAAUCCAUGGCAGUGAUUCUGUGGAGAGAGCUGUACGUGAGAUCUCUCUCUGGUUUCAGCCAGAGGAGCUAAUCUGCUGGAAUGACUGUGCUGCUGACUGGAUCUAUGAGUAAACCGGUCCCUUGUGACGUCACUCAGGAACAAGCCCAUCAACACUGAAGUGCCAUCAUUGUAAUGUCCAUACCGUGACUGCAGCAGAUCUGUAGACCACUGAACCUUUCUUUCUGCAAGUUCUCUCAAAACUGUGUUACUUCCAUGCAGGGACCUGGCUAAAUUGAGCACAACCAUCUUACUGACAUUUACCAAGUGAAGGUGUAGUUUAGGUGAUUCUCAAUCUGAACCAUGAGCUUGUCUGUCUUCAAACAUGUGGAUCUCCUCUGUAUUUACACCAUUUUGUUUAAUUUG